CAAAUAGACAGCACCUCUUAAAUGUCAGUUAUUAACCGAGAAAAAUUAGGAUAUAUAGAAAUCCUGAAAGCAUUUUUUCUUCCUAGAAAAAAAAAAUGGAAAUCAUUUUCUCUUAGACCCAGCUCGCGCGAUCUCUCUUUCUUUCGCCCAAAAACUCUGGAAACAUCUCUUUCUCUUCGACCCAACUCCACGCCAGACGGAGCUGCUCCAGCCACACCAAGUCUCGAAGGCCCUCCCCACGCAAACCCACCCGCACCAGAAUCCCAACCCUAAAAUUCCUUUCCACUCGCGAGCUCUCAUUCUCUCUCUCGUCUUUCUCUCUUCUCUGUCGAGCAGCCACGACCAUUCUCGGUCAUCCCCAUCUCGCUCUGCCUCCUCUCCCGACUCCGUCCGUAUCUUUUCAUAAAGUCAGGUUUAUUAAAAAUCAUAAACACUUGAUAAAGAUGGCUGGUCAAUCGGAUCCUCACCCUUCUCUCUUUUCUGCAGAGGAGAUUGAGUUCAUGGGCGAGGAUGAAAUGAUCGACAUUGUACCGAAUAUGAGAAUGGAACCUCUUAAUUUAAUUUCUGGGGAUUACGGUCCAUUCUUUCCACAGAUGGUUACCCAGGUACCUCUUUGGCUUGCAAUUGCCUUGAAGAAGAGAGGGAAAUGUGCAAUUCGACCGCCUUCAUGGAUGUCAAUUGAAAGCUUGACUCAAAUUUUGGAAUCAGAGCGGGAGUCUCAAGAAGCGUUCCAAGUCUUGCCUUUCCAUUAUGUGGAAAUCUCAAGACUUCUUUUUGAUCAUGCACGCGAUGACAUUCCUGACAUAUAUAUGGUAAGAUCUCUCAUUGAGGACAUCAGAGAUGUAAGAUUUCAUAAAGUUGAGACCAGCUUAGAAUCCUUUGAGGAUGCCCGCUCUUCUGCUGUGCGGAUCAAGAAUUUGUCUGCAAUGGAGGUGAAUAUAGUCCGCCCAUUUGUUGGUCGAGCGCUACAGGCAUUCUAUAAGCACGGUAGUCCAGAUCUCAUUCCGAAUCCAGAGAGAAUGUCUAACUCUAACAGAUUUCAACAACCAGCACCAGCUGAUCAUGGACAAAGACGUCCUCUACGUAAAAGGUAGAAGGGUUCUUAAGUGAUAUGAUUAGUUAUCUUCACAAAUCACGUCCAAGCAAGUGGGCACAUUAAUCUCAGCAUGCCUAGUGUGAAAGAUACUAGGCUUUCUUGAGAGGCUUUCACAACACUGGUGGUUAUACAAAAUAUGUUCUAGCUUGGAUGUUCCAUGAUAUUUGUUGUAUUAAUUCAGUGGGAUUCGGAUGCAGAUAAACACGGCCGAGAUAUUUUAAUUUUUUAACAUGAUGUAUAUGACAUAUAUAGACUGAACAUGAUAGAUACACUAUUUGCCUUUGCCUCACAA